GACACUGGCUUUGAGCAUUUUGUGCAAGUGAGGAAUCUGCUCCCACCGAGCAGGAUCCCUGGGGGCAAUGGCUGCCUUCGCUUUCCCUUCUUGGGUAGGACAUCUGGAAAGAAGGCUGCCAGAAGUGGCUGUGACCCUUCUUCUAGCCUUUCUCUGGGCAGAUAAUCUCACUCUGUGAAAAUGAAUCUUCCUAGGUGUGGUUUGGAGUUCAGAUCCUGCAACUGCAGAUAUGCCUGCAAUCAGACUAGUGUACGGUUUAAGACAUUGUAGCGGGAGAGUGGAAGUGUUCCAUAAUGGAACGUGGGGCACUGUUUGUGAUGAUGACUGGGGAAUAGAGGACGCAAGAGUCGUGUGUUGGCAAUUGGGGUGUCCAUUUGCAAUAUCGGCCCCACACAGAGCACAUUUUGGAAGAGGAACUGGCCCAAUCUGGCUGGAUGAUGUCAAAUGCAAAGGUACAGAAUCAACACUCAGUCAGUGCCCAGCAAAGCCUUGGGGAGAACAUAAAUGCAACGACGGAGAAGAUGCCAGUGUCAUAUGCUCAGAGGCAAGGCUGGUGAAUGGUCUGAUUCCCUGCUCUGACCGGGUCGAGGUGCUCCGUAACCAGGAAUGGGGAACAGUGUGUGAAAAUGGCUGGGACAUGAAUGAAGCCCGUGUUGUGUGCCAGGAAGUGGGCUGUGGAAAAGCUUUAGCAGCACCAGGUGGAGCCAAGUUUGGACAAGGAUCUGGUUCCAUUUGGAUGGACGAGGUCAACUGCACGGGAUCCGAAGACAGUCUAAGCGAAUGCACAGCAACCCCCUUGGCAGAAGACAGCUGUGGCCACAACAAAGAUGCAAGUGUAGAGUGUGCAGAACAAACUGAGGUGAGAUUAGUGAAUGGCCUCAAUCAGUGUUCUGGGCGAGUGGAAUUUCUUCGUGACAGGCUUUGGGGGACUGUAUGUGAUGACGACUGGGACCUGGAAGACGCCAAAGUUGUGUGUCGUUACCUGGGCUGUGGAGCUGCUGAAUCAGCUCCACAAGGUGCUCACUUUGGAGCAGGAUCUGGCCCUAGCUGGUGUUAGCUGCACAGGGACAGAGAAAUCUAUCACCAAGUGCCAUGCAAAAUACCAGCAGAAGAAUAAUUGUUCCCACACUAAAGAUGCUGGUGUUGUAUGCAGAGGUAAGAGGCACUCGUGCAAAUUUCAAAAUGAAGAAAGGAGUGUGGCAGUUUCUUCUUACUAUUACAUUAUUUUGAAUUUCUGAUCUACACUAAAGAAACAUAAGCUAACCAGGGAUCCUAAAAGGACAUCUACUUCAGCUGUUUUCUAAGAUGGUAGACCAUUUCUCUAACAUUUUUUCUUCUAUUCCUAACACAUACCUCCAAGAGCAACUUGCAGAGUCCAAAUUACAUUGUGACACAAAGAGAAAUCAAAUGUUCUGCAAAGAGAAUAAUUUAGAUGAGUAGCCAUGUUGGUCUGUAGUAGGAUUUGAGUCCAGUGGCACCUUAGAGACCAACAAGAUUUUCAGGGUAUGAGCCUUCAAGAGUCAGAGCUCCCUCAAGAGUCAGACACACAUUUUCUGCAGAGAAAACUUCAAAUGCCACAUGAGCCAAUGAUACUAUAAGCCACAAACUAGAAUAGAAAGGAGGAACAGAUUACCCAAAGUUGUGAUUGUCAUGUAAUGCAGUUGUUGUUCAGCUGGAUCCACUACAGCAUUUCCACAGAUGCAAGGAAUUCCAUCCACAGGUUGCAAUAUGUCUCCUCCCUCCUGCUGCAGUUUUCAGUGCCCACUGAAAUGCUGUUGGUUGGGUCGCCAUGGACUCAAGUGUAAUCACAAUGCUUCAUGAUUGACAAGGGCUGUUUUUCAAAAGUUAUUUCACUCUCUGUGGGGCGGGUGUAUGAUACAAAAAGCACUGCACUAUUCUUGGGGUCCUUGAACAGGUCUUUACUGGGGGCCUGUUUACUCCAGGAGAAUAAUGCACGGGUCCCAAGCUGUAUAGGCCCUCAAAGGCAAGAACAAGAAGUUUGAAUUGUUCCCAGAAACAGAUAGGUAGUCAGUGCCGAUCUUUCACCACAGGGGUCAUACGGUCCUCCUUGUAACCAACCUCCAACAGUAACCACACGGCCAUAUUCUGGAAAGGAAGUUUCCUGUCCAGUUUCAAAGAGAGCCCCACGUAUUAUCACAUUACAGUAAUUGAACAUCAUGUGAUCGGAGCACAGAACACUGUGGCCAGGUUAGGGUUUUCAAGAAAUGGCCAUAACUGGCGUAUUAGUUGGAGCUUUGUUCCGUGGAGGAUAUUUGCACCUCCAGCCAUAAACCAGGAUCCAGCAGCACCAACAACAAGGAGCCAGGAAGGAAGCAACAAGGAGCCAGGAAGGAAGCAAUAGCCGUGACCAACUAACUAAGGCAAAAUGAAAAACAAAUCCAAAGAAAUAAUGCAAAAGUUACUUUAUAAGAAAGUUAAUAGAAUAUAAAAUAAACUCUAAGUGGUCAAAAGCUGGCACAAAUUGCUAACAAGUGCCCUGUGGGAGUGAAUUACAGCUGCAAUAUGCAAAAUCAAUGCUUACACACCGCACAAAGUCACCUUGAGUAACCACAGAGUAAAUGGACAGAAAUUUACAGUAGCUAUACAAGCUUACAAAUCAAAAUACAUAUACAGCAUUUUGCAUGGCAAACACCAAGUGACUAACCAAUAAAUAUUUGAACAUACAAUCAGGUUUGACCACAAAUGUUCAAUAGCUAUACAAGAUUAUAUAUCAAAAUUCAUAUACAGCAUUUUG